CGCCGCCGCCGCCAAGCGCGCAAGGCCGGGGCGCGCGCGGCGCCUCCCGCUGCCUGGCACCGACCGGCCAGAAGCGGAGGAGACCGGCCGACUGACUGACUGACCGACUGACCGACCGGCGGCUGGCGACUCCGAGCGCCACUUCGGGCUGGGUCUGGGCGCCGGAGCCUCCCGCCACCCUCUCUGGGCUGACCCCGGCGAAGGAGGAGCGAAGGCGGGGCGGCUCCGGAGCGCGCAAAGAAGGAGAGAGAGAGAGAGAGAGAGAGAGAGAAAAAGUUUGCCGGGAGUUUCUGCAGGCGGAGGCGAGGAGCGGGCUCCUGCGAGCAUGGACGCCCUCAAAUCGGCCGGGCGGGCCAUCAUCCGGAGCCCCAGCCUCGCCAAGCAGAGCUGGGCCAGCGGCCGGCACAAGAAGCUCCCUGAAAACUGGACGGACACCCGAGAGACUUUGCUGGAAGGGAUGCUCUUCAACCUGAAGUACCUGGGCGUGACGUUGGUCGAGCAGCCCAAAGGAGAAGAAUUAUCUGCUGCUGCUGUCAAAAGGAUUGUGGCAACAGCAAAGGCCGUUGGGAAAAAACUCCGAAAAGUGACUCUGAAAGUAUCACCCAGAGGGAUUGUUCUCAGUGACAGCAUAACGAAUGAAUCAAUUGAAAACGUGUCGAUAUACAGGAUAUCCUACUGUACAGCAGACAAAGUACAUGACAAAAUAUUUGCCUACAUUGCCCAGAGUCAGCACAAUGAGAACCUGGAGUGUCACGCUUUUCUCUGUUCCAAGAGGAAAAUGGCCCAAGCCGUCACCCUCACAGUUGCUCAGGCGUUCAAGGUAGCAUUUGAAUUUUGGCAGGCCUCCAAGGAAGAGAAGGAGAAGAGAGACAAAGCCACCUUGGAAGGAGAGACUGCCAGCAGCCUAAAUUCAGAUCCUUCCUCCCCAAAAGCACCAGUCACCGUAGAAAACCUGCUAGACUUGGAAAAUGUAAUCAAAGCUCCUUUGAACACAAAUUCUUUGCACGUGGAUGGUCAAAUCUUUGGGCCCCCUUCAUCAGAAAACAAUAAUGUGUGGGCAAUGGAUGACGAGCUGGAUGAAGCAUUUUCAAGGCUGGCACAAUCCCGAACCAACCCACAAGUCCUUGACAUCAGCCUGACACCUCAAGACAUCCAAAGUGCUCAAAUCCUCUCGCCGGUUGACUGGGACAAAGUAGAUUCCAUGAUGGAGACCCCAAAAGAUGAACAGCUCUUUGAGUUCUGACAUCUUUUUUUUCCCCCUUGUUAAGCUUUUUGCUCCACAAGUAAGAUAAGCUCUAGGAACCUGAUGCACUGUAUUCUCCUGACUGUAACUGGAAAGGGUUAAUUAAAAGAGAAGAGGCCCAAAGCCUUGAUUUGGUUUAGGUAGGAGUUGUGUUAAUGCCCUUCAACUUUUGACCAAAGUUUUAUUUCAGCUUUUCCCCCGAGUGCCUUCCAGAUAUAUUAGGACUUUAGGAAGCAUAUCUGGUGGAUACCAGAUUGGGGAGAUGGUUUGAGAUACUUUAAUACAGCUUUUUAUGUAUGACCUUUUUGGGUCUUUGCUUUUAUGGAGAUGACAAGGUACUCCUUGAGUAGAUUUAUUUAAGACUCUUUCAAAUUUGCAUUUAUUAUGGAGAUAUGUAGCAUCAUGUGGCUUAGCAUUAUAGCAUUGGACAGUUUCCCCCUUGGGAUUGCAUAUGAUAAGCAAUCGUGACAGCUGUGUUUUCUGAAGGACGCAGGAUCUCCUUAGCAAUAACAGAACUUUCAGAUAUUUUGUUUUAGAAGAGCUGAACUGGCUGGAGUGGACUGGAGAAAUAAUGUUGGGCUCCUUAGGACAGAGCUGAUAAUAGCUACCCAGGUGUUAGACAUGGCAAAACUAAAGAAGCAUCUUGAUUGGGUUCAGAAAUGAAGUCAUUCAAACCAUUUGAUUGUCCUUGGACAUCAUGAGAGUGAGUCUCUUCUUACAUCCUUUGUAGUUCAAAUCCAUCACUUUGUCUUCCUGCUUCUGCAUCUUAACACCUUGCUUUUAUAAUUCUCAGCCAUAAUAUUAGGUAGCAGCUAAUCGUUACCUUGAGCAGCACUGACUUCUAGCUUACCUCGCAUAAGUAGGAUGCUACAAGCUUUGGACAUUGUCUUAUAAAAGAUUGGGAAGCAAUGACCUUCUCAAUUGGAGCCAAUAGUUCCCGGCAUCCUAAUCCAGUUGAUGGCAUCCCAUAGCAACUGAGAGCCCAAGACCUCCCAGAUAACUUCUGUCCAAAGGCUGAAGGCAACCUUCCAAACAUAAGAAUCAUGGGAUCCAGAAAAUGGAAACAAAUUGAGCUUAGUUCAGGUGGUGUUGGGGGAGCUGGGAAUAUGACUGCUUGGAGUAAUGAACACUCUUCCUUACUUUAGGUAGUGGCAUGUUUGAUAACAAUUUCUUCCCCAGAUCAGCCUCCUGUCUUGUUCUACUAUAUUUCUUCCAGUAGGAAGUUGUCAUAAUGGAAGUGAAUGGGGCACUUUCAUCUUAGCAGUAAAAUUCUUGUGAUUAUCA